AUGUCGCUCGUCGCCAACACUUUCCUGAGCGACAGAUCGCUCAAGAUUCGCUCAAAGGCGAUUCCAUGGGACGGCUACCAACGCGCUGGCUUGCUGGAUGUGGACGACGUCAAGCUCGUGCAGCGCGUAGCGAGCAGCAGGGAUAAGGCCGAGUUCAUCCUCGAUGCGGAAGGGGAGACGUACGCCGCGUUGUACGUGCGGCUACUGAACAAGCUGUCGCGCAACGACACACUCCAGUUCAUCCUUGUCCUCGUUGGCGAUUUCAUCGCAGACCGAGACGAACGAAUCUCCCUCUUCUUCGACGGCACCGCCGAAACGCCCUACCCCUCCCUCCUCAAACUUCUCGACUCGCAAGACGACUUUGUGCGCCUGAAGAGCUCGGCGAUCGUCUCGACCAUCCUCCCGUACGACCCACAACCGUCAGAUCAGGUCGUCGCAAAGGUCCUGCAGCAUCUCGCCAACCUCGUCCGAUCACCAAACGAUCCGGAAGGGCAAGAUGUCGCCGUGCAAUGCCUCGAGUCGGUCUUGCGGGUUGCGAAAGCACGGGAGAUGUCGUGGGACGCAGGCGAGGGUGACGCGAACGCGUCGAAGGUGAUCGAGGGACUCGUCCAGCUCCUGCGGGCGCAUCCGUCGCCGCAGAUGCAGUACCAGCUCGCCUUCUGCUUCUGGCUCCUCUCGUUCGACCAGACUGUCGCGGAGCAGAUCAAUGCCCGCUACAACGUCGUGCCGCUCCUCCUCGACCUCGCGAAACAAGCGAUCAAGGAAAAGAUCAUCCGCAUCGUCGUAUCGACUUUCCGCAACCUCAUCACCAAGGCGCCGAAGCAGAACCUCGCAGCGAUGUUGACGGUCAAGGUCCUUCCCUGGCUGCAGACGCUCCAGGGACGCAAGUUUGGCGAUGAGGACAUCAAGGAGGAUGUCGAUUUUUUGGUCGACGAGCUGAAGAGGAGUUUCGAGGGAUUGACCACCUGGGACGAGUACAAGUCGGAACUCGCGACGGGACACUUGACGUGGUCGCCGCCGCACACGAACGACGACUUCUGGCGAGACAACGCGCUGAAGCUGACGGACCGAGAUCGCGAGCAGCUCAAAGUUCUCGUCAAUCUGCUCAUCUCGUCAACUGAGGCACUCACGCUUGCGGUCGCGGCGAACGACAUCGCGCAGUUCGUCAAGUACCACGAGAACGGGAAGAAGGCCAUCGAGGACCUCGGUGCCAAGGGUCGCGUGAUGGAGCUGAUGACGCACGCCGACCCGGAUGUCAAGUACCAGAGCUUGGUCGCGACGCAGCGGCUCAUGUCGCACGCAUGGGCGUGA